CGCGCCUCCACUCUCUCGCUAUUUCACACGUGAACUCGCAGUUUUCUCUCUCACGAAAUCUUAGAAGCGCGCCAAAAAGCGCGCGCCAAAAACAAAAAGCCAAACUAACGGGACAAAAGUCGCGCGCGACUCGUAAGCUUGUUUACUUUGCCAUUAUAAAUCCGGCGUGCGCUUUGUUUGUGUUUGUGUUGAUCAACACCAAAUAGCCGAGAAUUCGAAGCGAUUAGCCAUUAGCGAUUAACGAUAAACGAUAACGAUAUUCGAGCAACGAUAAUCAAGGGGCGAUCAGGAGGGCAGGCAAUCUGCUUAACAUUCUUAAAAUGCCGCUGCAAUCGAGCAGUCAAGAUGGCAUUUGGCCACUCCAGCGACCGAAGCUUCAGCAGCGACAGCGGCAACAACAACAACAACAACGACAACGGUCUUAUCAACAUCAGCACAAGCUGGAGAAGCAGAAGCAACAACAAGUGUUGCAAGGACGUUCGCCGGCUGUCCUGCCAGUGAUGCUGCUCCUCUUUAUGGCCACGCUCCUCACGCGCCCACUGAGCGCCUUUUCCAACCGACUCUCGGACACGAAGCUGCACGAGAUCUACCUGGACGACAAGGAGAUCAAGCUGAGCUGGAUGGUCGACUGGUACAAGCAGGAGGUGCUCUUCCACCUGCAGAACGCGUUCAACGAGCAGCACCGCUGGUUCUACCUCGGCUUCUCGAAGCGCGGCGGCCUGGCGGAUGCGGACAUCUGUUUCUUUGAGAACCAGAACGGGUUCUUCAACGCGGUGACCGACACGUACACCAGUCCGGAUGGCCGGUGGGUGCGGCGGGACUAUCAGCAGGACUGCGAGGUCUUCAAGAUGGACGAGUUCACGCUGGCCUUCCGGCGCAAGUUCGACACCUGCGAUCCUCUGGACCUGCGCCUCCAUGAGGGCACCAUGUACGUGGUCUGGGCGCGGGGCGAAACGGAGCUGGCCCUGGAGGAUCACCAGUUCGCCCUGCCCAACGUGACCGCUCCCCACGAGGCGGGGGUCAAGAUGCUCCAGCUGCUCCGCGCCGACAAGAUUCUCAUACCCGAAACUGACUUGGACCACAUGGAGAUCACGCUGAAGGAGGCGCCGAUCCCCAGCCAGGAGACGACCUACUGGUGCCACGUGCAGCGGCUGGACGGCGACCUGAGCCGCCGGCGGCACAUCGUGCAGUUCGAGCCGCUCAUCCGGACGCCGGGCAUCGUCCACCACAUGGAGGUGUUCCACUGCGAGGCCGGCGAGCAGGAGGAGAUCCCCGAGUACAACGGCGACUGCGAGCAGCUGCCGCCGCGGGCCAAGCUCUGCUCCAAGGUGAUGGUCCUCUGGGCAAUGGGCGCCGGCACGUUCACCUAUCCGCCGGAGGCCGGCCUUCCCGUCGGCGGCGCCGGCUUCAAUCCCUUCGUCCGGCUGGAGGUGCACUUCAACAAUCCGGAGAAGCAGGCUGGUUUGGUGGACAACUCGGGCUUCCGCAUCAAGAUGUCGAAGAGCCUGCGGCAGUACGACGCCGCCGUGAUGGAACUGGGCCUGGAGUACACCGACAAGAUGGCCAUACCGCCCGGCCAGACCGCCUUCCCGCUGAGCGGCUACUGCGUGGCGGACUGCACGAAGGCCGCCCUGCCGGCCACCGGGAUCAUCGUGUUCGGCUCCCAGCUGCACACGCACCUGCGCGGCGUCCGCGUCCUCACCCGUCACUUCCGCGGCGACCAGGAGCUGCGGGAGGUGAACCGCGACGACUUCUACUCGAACCACUUCCAGGAGAUGCGCACGCUGCACUACAAGCCGCGGGUCCUGCCGGGCGACGCCUUGGUGACCACUUGCUACUACAACACCAAGGAGGACAAGACCGCCGCCCUCGGGGGAUUCUCCAUCAGCGACGAGAUGUGCGUGAACUACAUCCACUACUACCCGGCCACCAAGCUGGAGGUCUGCAAGAGUUCCGUUUCGGAGGAGACGCUCGAGAACUACUUCAUCUACAUGAAGCGGACGGAGCACCAACACGGCGUGCAUUUGAACGGAGCCAGGUCCGCCAACUACCGGAGCAUCGAGUGGAGCCAGCCGCGGGUGGACCAGCUGUACACGAUGUACGUGCAGGAGCCCCUCAGCAUGCAGUGCAACAGGUCCGACGGCGCCCGCUUCGAGGGGGGCCUGGGCGGCUGGGAGGGCGUGCCGGCGACGCCCGUCCAGAUCCGCGUGCCCAUCCACCGCAAGCUCUGCCCCAACUACAAUCCGCUCUGGCUGAAGCCACUGGAGAAGGGCGAGUGCGAUCUGCUCGGCGAGUGCAUCUACUAGGCUAGGACCGAAGGGCGUGGCACGGCAAGGGGGCGUGGCAUGGCACAACAAGGCACACACAGGCACACACACGCACACAACUGCAAAUGCAAAUGCAACGCCACAGGGAAUAAAUGGUUACUUUAUCUUGAUUUGAUUGAAGUAUCAGAGGUAUUGAUUGCUGGCUGCAAUUCAAUUAGAUUCCUUUUCUAUUAAAUCAUAACCUAUUUGAAAGCUAGCAAUCACGCAUCAACUCUUCAUUAGUUCCCCAAUUUAUUUCUAAUUAAAUAUUGCUGGGCAACCAUGUUUGUUUUUGGGUCACUUCAAAGUAUUAAAUAUUUAUUUAACAACUGCUGAUAUUUAGGCUUAGGUGUCGGGCACUAGGGAGGUCCCACUGUAGCCGCUUUGUGUUUGCCCGCUCAUCCGCAUCGCCAUUAGCAUUAGCAUUAUCAUCGUCCGCUUUGUGUGUGCUUGGGCCAAAGUGAAAGGCAGUCGGGGCAACAGGCCAAAACAAAUGUUUUCACUCUUUAAAUAACUAAUGCAUUUACCAUCACCAAUCCCGCCCAUCUAUUUUCCCCCCUUUUAACUUUUGCCUUCGCCUUUUGCCCUUGCCUUUUAUUCCUACCACACAUAUAUAUAUUUUUUGUUCGUUGUUUGUUUGUUGUUUGUUGUUUGUUGUGCUGGUGCUAGCAUUCGUGUUCGUGUUUGUGCCCUUUGCCCUUGCUGUUUUGGCCAGCCUUUGAAAUUUGCCGACUGACAGCGCCGCCAGGCUAAAACGUUUAACACAAAGCAGCUUACAAGGCAUGGCCCACACGCACACACACAUGCACGCACACACACACACACUCAUAUCCAGACGCACUGAACUUGGAUCAGACGAAAUUGUAGCAUACUUCUCAGCGCCAGCUGAGAAAUUAAAUGGCCGACUGACUGAAUGGAACAGAACCAAACCGAACCGAACCGAACUGAACCGAACGGAACGGAACGGAACAUAACGGUCUUAAACGGACAAAGUGGCCGGAACCAAGAAGGCCAAGAAAGUGUUGAAGGAGAGGGGGAUAGAGGCGCACUGUUUAUACAAUAUAAAUGAGCAAACUUUUGAUGCAACCCGACGUUGCCAAGUCUAAUUACCAAGAAGCUCGAGGAAAAAAAGGCAGGGCGAGCUGGCGGACAAAAAUCUGGGGGAAGGGAAAAAUAAUUGGCGUGGGAUGUCUUAUUGGAAAUGUCGAAAGUUGGCAAACGGCAAACUGCAAACGGCGAGCGGAGAAGGCGGGGAUCAUGGGACAUGGUAGAUGGGCUACCCACAGCCAGGAGCUUACCACCACACGAACCCAUGUGUUAUUCUUUCUUUUGCCGGGGGAUUCCACCCCCUUUCCGCCCUUUCGCUCCAAUCCCGCACUCCAUCUUCAUCACACCGCAGGCUUUUCAGGGUUUUCUGCAUUUUCCCCCCUUGCCAUCUCCACAAAUGCACCCACACAGCGACACGCACACACACACAAAUACACACACAAACAUACAUUUGAGUAAACAUGUAAUGGAUACGUUUAAGUGUAGCCAACAUACAUAUGUAAGAUGUGAUAAUUGUUCUAUGGCUAUAAAUGAAAUAUAUAUACACAUGAAUAUAUAAACUAUGUAGAUGAAAUAUUUAUAAAAAACAAAAACCGAUCGAAAGCGAAACCAAAAAAAAAGUAAAACGUAUAAUUUAUCUAAUAAAAACUGACCACCAUACCAGA